GAGCAGCAUCCGAAAGCGCCGCAGCCGCUCGCCCAAACCACCGACUGCAACAAAAACCCUUUCUAUUUUUUUUAUCAUAUAUUUCCCCCACCUCCUCCCCCCCUCCCCUUUUUUUAUUUCUCCUCCUCCCUCCCACAAACGCAUCAAGGUGGACGCGGAGCGCAAAAAGACCUUUGUUUUAAAAAUGCCCAUGGAGCUGACGCAAAGCCGCAUCCAGAAGAUUUGGCUUCCCAAUGACAACCGCCCGGCGCUGCCCCGCCGCUCCUGUGGGCCCCAGCUUGCCAAUUCCCCCACUGUGAUAGUCAUGGUUGGCCUCCCAGCCCGUGGCAAGACCUACAUCUCCAAGAAGCUGACACGCUACCUCAACUGGAUUGGUGUCCCCACAAAAGUUUUCAACGUUGGGGAGUAUCGGCGCGAGGCCGUGAAGCAUUACAGCUCCUAUGACUUCUUCCGUCCUGACAACGAGGAGGCCAUGAAAGUCAGGAGGCAGUGUGCCAUGGCUGCCCUGAGGGAUGUGAAGCUGUACCUGACGGAGGAGGCCGGGCAGAUCGCGGUUUUUGAUGCCACCAAUACCACCCGGGAGAGGAGAGGGAUGAUCCUGAACUUUGCCAAAGAGAAUGGAUUCAAGGUGUUCUUCAUUGAAUCUGUCUGCAAUGAUCCCAACGUAGUGGCCACCAACGUUAUGGAAGUCAAAUUGUCCAGCCCAGAUUACCGGGACUGUAACUCCACUGAUGCCAUGGAGGAUUUCAUGAAGAGGAUCAAUUGUUACCAAGCCAGCUACCAGCCCCUUGACCCUGAUGACUAUGACAGGGAACUUUCUCUCAUCAAAGUCAUCGACGUGGGCCGGCGGUUCCUGGUCAACAGGGUUCAGGAUCACAUCCAGAGCAGGAUUGUUUAUUACCUGAUGAACAUCCACGUCCAGCCCCGCACCAUUUACCUCUGCCGGCACGGGGAGAGCGAGUUCAACCUCAAGGGCAGGAUUGGAGGGGACUCUGGCCUCUCCAACAGGGGCAAGAAGUUUGCAGAGGCACUGAACAAGUUUGUGGAAGAGCAGAACCUGAAGGAUCUCAAAAUUUGGACCAGCCAGCUAAAGAGGACAAUCCAAACAGCAGAAGCUCUCCAGCUGCCCUAUGAGCAGUGGAAGGCGCUCAAUGAAAUCGAUGCUGGUGUGUGUGAAGAAAUGACCUAUGAAGAAAUCAGGGAGCAACAUCCAGAGGAAUUUGCUCUGCGGGAUCAGGAUAAAUAUUACUACCGUUAUCCUUCUGGGGAGUCCUACCAAGACCUGGUGCAGCGCCUGGAGCCAGUCAUCAUGGAGCUGGAGAGGCAAGAGAACGUCCUUGUCAUCUGCCACCAGGCUGUCAUGCGCUGUCUGCUGGCAUAUUUCCUGGACAAGAGUGCAGAUGAGAUGCCCUACCUGAAAUGUCCCCUGCACACAGUGUUGAAGCUGACCCCGGUAGCCUAUGGCUGCCGGGUGGAAUCCAUCUCACUGAACAUUGAAGCAGUCAACACACACAGAGACCGACCAGAGGAAGCAAAGAAGGGACCUAACCCGCUCAUGAGACGUAAUAGCGUUACCCCUCUAGCAAGCCCAGAGCCCACCAAAAAACCUCGCAUCAACAGCUUUGAGGAGCAUGUGGCUGUUUCUUCUGCCCUGCCAGGCUGUGUUCCUCAGGAAGUGCCCACGCAGAUGCCGGGACAACCUUUACUAGGGAAGGCAUGCCUAAGACCUGUUUGUCACUUUCUCAAAGUUUUCUCUUUGCUAAUAUUUCCAAGAACAUGAACAACUCCCAGAAGCCGUCGUGACUCCGUGAGCACCGCCGGCGCCGCCAGCUUCUCAUCCCAUCGCCAUUCCCGAAGCUUGCUCACCCUCCGGGCCCCUCCAGCUCUGGCUGUGUGAGCCCCACGCUGGGCUGGCUCUGCUCACACUGCCCAUUCCUCCCCAAACCCCGUGCUGCUCAGGGGGGGAUGCAGGAGAGCCGAGGUGGAGCAGCCCAGCUCCCUCCUGGGGUCACCACCAGCUCCUCAGGCUGCAGCGUUUGCUCUCCUCUCCAGCAUCCUGUUAGGUCGUAGCGAGCUGUAAAGUGCUUCUGUAGUGCACAGGAGUUUCCUUUUCUUCUCUUUUUUCAGUGGUUUUGAUCUUCUGUAUAGAUGAUUGGUACCCAUCCAUCUCUGGGUGGGGUGUGUAUAUAUGUGGAUGGUGCGGGGUUAGCAGAGAAAUAGGGGGAAGGGGGGUGGGUAAAGGGGUUUUGCAUUUUUUUUAUUAUUAUUAUUAAUGUUGUUAAUUACUUUUGAAUAAGCCCCUAACAUGCUGUGCUGCAGUCUCUCACCCACACUACAACUGGUCACACAUGCCAGCCUGGCUCAUGCAGCUCUGUGAGCACCAGGAAAGCAGCUGUGUGAACUCCUUCACUGCAAGAACUGCUGGGUUUAAUAAAAAACAACAACCCAUUCUUCCACCUUUUUUUUUUUUUUUAAAGAGGUUUGCAGAGAAUAUAGAUCUGCAAAAUAGGUUGAAAGAAGCCUGCAGUGCAUGUGGAACCAUGCCAGCAGGGGCUUGGGUGAUGCUUUCAUCUUGGGGAGCACCCAGGGAUCAUCUGAGCUCAGGCAUGGGUUGAAUUUUGGGGAGGCUGGGCACUGUUUGAGGUGCUGUGCUGGUACUUCAUCUCCCCUUUCUUCUUUUUUAGAUGAAAGUGGAGGGUUUGAAUCCCAAUGCUUAGAUGCAUUUUGCAGACACACACAGGUCUCAUGGAGGUGGCCAGAAGUCUGGCUGGGUUGCAGGAGUCCCUGUCUGACUGCAAAAAGCCACAGGAAGGGACAGUUUUGUGUCAGUUUUUUAAAUUUUAUACACACACGUGUGUGUAUAUGUAUGUACUUAGAAACUGCUUGGUUUUUGCACUUUAUUUGUGGCAGAAGCAUAACUACUUUAUUUUUUGUCAGAGUUGUGCCCCUUAACAGGGGAAGCCUGAAUGCAGGCAACUUUUUCUGUUUGUUUAUAAUUGUAUUUUGCAUGCUGGAAAGCUGGGACUACAAAAUAAUAGUAGUUACAGUUUGAGGUGGGGGGAACAGGGUGAGGUCCUGACUGACUCCAUCAGCCAACUCCCAGUGGUUUGAUCCAUAAGAUCCCUUGUUGGCAGCCUGUCCUGGGCUGGGAGACAGCAGUUAAAAAUGGCAAUUAACCACUAUUGCUUUGUGCAAAAGUCUGUGGAUUUUGAAAUUUUUUUUCCAGUAUUUUGGGUUGGUUUGGGGUUUUUUUCCCCCACCCAUGUGCAGCAUCUUCUCCAUGCCUGUCUCAUAUCUUUAUUUUUUUGCUGGAGAUAAAGGCAGCAGCUGGGAUUCAUCCUUCCCAUGGCUUUUCCUGCAUAGGGAGCACCAUCCCCAGAGCUGGCAGGGGAGAGGCUGGGUGGAGAAAUGCUAUUUUUGUGAGUGUGUGUUUUGGGGGUGGGUUUGGUCUGUUUUUCCUUUGGGAAAAGGCGAACCACAGUGCCUCGCGCUUCAGCCUCGCGCUCGGAGCGGCACCGACGGCGGGAGGGCGCCGGGGCCACGCUCAGCCCCUGUCCCCUGGGGGGGACAGUCCUGGCAGUGCCCUGCCUCUGUGAGCUUGUGCAUAUGUGUAUCAUAGUCCUGUACAGAUAAAACAAACACCACUCCCCGCUCCUUGCUUUAUUUCUGUUUAAAUAACCCCAUUAAAAGCGGCUUCUCCCUCUGUGCCCUGGGUGGCAUCUGCGCUUUCGGUUUCUCUGCCUUUCACACAAAUGAAUGUUUUGGGGAGGCCACGCACUUGGCUCUUGUCAUCUUCCUCCUUCACGGGGAGUUUUAUCUCUUCCCCUCCUGCUG